AUGGCUUCAGAAAAUUUUGUACAGCCAGCCAUUCCACAUUUUGAUGGUCAUUAUGACCAUUGGAGCAUGCUCAUGGAGAACUUCUUAAGAUCUAAGGAGUAUUGGCAUGUUGUUGAAUCAAGUACAACAACACUUGAUAAUGGAGCUAUUGAUCGAUCUAUCCUUGAAACUAUUCUUGGCAAAGAAACCUCUAAGGAUAUUUGGGAUUCAAUGAAGAAAAAAUAUCAAGGCUCUUCCAUAAUGAAGUGUGCACAGCUUCAAGCCUUGAGAAGGGAUUUUGAGACUUUGCAAAUGAAGGAUGGAGAAUCUAUUACUAGUUAUUUUGCAAAGACCAUGGAGAUAGCCAACAAAAUGCGUUUUCAUGGUCACAAGAUGGAGGAUGUUGCUGUUGUUGAGAAAAUAUUGCGUUCAUUAGCACCCAAAUUUGAUUAUGUUGUAUGUGCUAUUGAGGAGUCCAAAGACAUUGAUGCAUUCUCCCUUGAUGAACUCCAGAGUUCCUUAUUGGUGCAUGAGCAAAAGAUGAACAGAAAUUCGUCUACGGAGGAGCAAGUUUUGAGGGCUUUUACUUUUACUCAUUCCUCAAAUUUUAAAGGAAGGGAUAGAGGUAGAGGUAGAGAAAGAGGGAAUCCAGCCAAUAUAAGCCAAAGUAAUGGAGAUGGCAGUAAACAUUUUAAAGUAGAUGAUCAACAAUUUCAAGAACAUAAUGAAGCAGAAACCUUGUUGAUGGUUGUUCAAGUCAAUGAGGAGCAUAACUCAGAUAAGUGGUAUAUGGAUACAGGGUGCACCAACCACAUGUGUGGAAGUAAAUCUUUCUUUUCUUAUUUAAAUGAAGGAUUUCAUUCUACUGUGAGUUUUGGUGAUUGCUCUACUGUUAAUGUAAUGGGAAAGGGUGAUAUUAAAAUCAGAACUAAAAAUGGUUUUAUUGAGACAAUUUCCAAUGUUUUUUAUGUUCCUGACUUGAAAAGUAAUUUGUUAAGUGCUGGUCAAUUGCAAGAAAAAUGUUAUGUAAUAACUAUUCAACAUGGUGUUUGUGAGAUAUAUGAUCCCUGUAGAGGAGUUAUUGAUGUUAUUCAAAUGAGUUCUAACAGAUUGUUUCCUUUGAAAAUUGAAAGUAUUGAAUGUUGUUUAAUAGCUGAAGAGAAAUCAAAAGCUUUUGGUGCAUUUAAAAGCUUUAAGGCUCGUAUGGAGAAGGAAACGGAGAAAACCAUUAAAACUCUCCGCACUGAUCGUGGUGGAGAAUAUUGCUCAAAAGAAUUUGAUAUCUUUUGUGAUGCACUAGGUAUUCGAAGGGAACUUACAAUUGCCUACACACCACAACAAAAUGGUGUGUCGGAGAGGAAAAAUAAAACCAUCCUCAACAUGGUGACAAGCUUGCUGACAAGAGGAAAAAUUCCUAAGAGUUUCUAG